AAAAUAGAAGAAAAGAAGAAAAGAAGCUACGUAGAAUUGUCGUUCGAAGGUUUUCCUACACCAUGACCACAUCAAGUUCGAAAGCUGCGAUUCAUGCUACAGAUUUCUCCUUCCGGUCACGGUACCGGGUCCAAGGCCAUGGAUGGGCACCUGCGCGAAUAAAUAGGACGAACGACAACCCUGUCUGCACAGCAAAACACACUUUUAACCAUAGUCUGAUGAUCGGCGGAUAUUCCGCUCUAUCUUCCACAUUCUUUUUCACUAUUGCCAUAAUUAUCUUUCGUGGUACAUGAAGGAAUCGCACUGGCAAGUCAGCACGAAGAGAACAGAGGCGAAAGAGGGGGGCGAUAUCCCCUUUAUGGAGGACACCGAUUAGGAAAUACCUGAUCUCGCCUCUUUUACUGGCGGAUUGCCAGUUAAUUUAGUUGCUCCCCCGCAGGGCACAGCCAAGACUUCACAUCAUAUGUAUAUCGUUCGGCAUGCAUCAAAACAGCUCGCAUCUGACAUUUUGCCACGCCAUCAUUUUGCUGUCUGCCCCUCCUUCCUACCUGCGUUGCUGAAGAAUGAGAUAUUAUUCGAUGGUGAGGCAGGGUCAAAACAUUCACGCCUGUUUAGGCAGAAGAUUUUGAUCCCCGAGUCGGGGGACUUGCUGUACUAUUAGAUUAAGGUGUGUCGCGAUCCAGUUUUCCAUGCAUAUUCUUGCAGAAUCGGUGUGUAAAUUAUACUGCGGGAUCUUCGAGCUACCGAACGCAAAUACCGACGAGACGGUGUUGUAUUUGCUGGCAUGCACCUGUCUCUUUGGUGGGAGGGUUAGGGCCCGUUUGCGGUAGCACUGUAC